CACACACACUCUCUCUCUCUCUCUCUGCAAUUGAAAAUGUCCAACAUCUUUUGGAAACACUUCUACCUCUGCUUCUCAAAAUUCAAAUGCCUCUCCACAACCCUACCACCACCACCUUCACUCUCCUCACAACAAAAUCACAACCAUCCAUCACCACCACCAUCACCCACAUCAACCCUAAUCAAGAACUUCAAUUCUCUCUAUGACCCCACCACCACCUCAUCAGACAACUCCACCACCACCACCUCCUCCUCCCUCUUCUCUUCCGCCUCCGACUCCGACACCGACUCUCCUCCUCCCGACCUCGCCACCAUCUUCGCCUCCCAACGCUUCUUCUUCUCCUCCCCCGGCACCUCCAACUCCAUCAUUCACUCACCGGACCCACCCCGAGAGUCCGUCACGGUGGUCGCCGGAGGUGUAGCCGUUCAGGCCUACUCGCCGGACCCAUAUUCCGAUUUCCGGAGAUCAAUGCAGGAGAUGGUUCAAGCUCAUCAGUUAAUGGAUGUAGAGGCCAAUUGGGACUACCUCCAUGAACUUCUCUUGUGUUACAUCUCACUAAACCCUAAACACACCCACAAGUUCAUCGUCGCAGCUUUCUCCGAUCUUCUCAUUUCGAUUAUGUCGUCGACGGACCACCACCGGAAACCCAAAAGCCGCCAAAGACCUACCCUCUCGCGGCGGUAGUUGUAAAUUUUCUUUCACUUUCUUUUUUGUUUUCUUGGGAAGUGUUUGUGUGCUUUGUCUUUGGUGAGAAAAAUGUUAUAAUCUAUGAAGACGAAAGUAAAAUGUUUUGAAAUUACAAAACAAAGGAAAGCGUGGGAUGUUAAUAUGCCUCGACGGUUGUAAUUUAAUCUAACGUAUUAUGUUAGGUGUAUAAUGUAGUUCUAGUAUUUUGUUUCAUUUUAUUUUAUUAUUUUUGUUGUUGAAUCUUCUUGGGAAAUGCUAAUGUCUCAAUGUUGUGUUGUUAA